AUGUCUGAUUGGGUGUCUACGUUUCCAGGUUAUAAACAGGUGUUAUUAACUUGCAAGAAAAUGCUUGGUAGGAUUAUAAUGACUGGUCCAGUGCCUCAGCAUGUGGGUAUAAUCAUGGACGGAAACAGAAGAUACGCUAAAACACACAAAAUAGAAAUCAAGGAAGGUCACAGCUUGGGGUUUGAUACCAUGGCAAGCAUACUAGAAUUAUUAUAUGAACUGGGUGUCAAAUGUGCCACUGUAUACGCAUUUUCAAUCGAAAACUUCAAGAGACUGCAGUACGAAGUCAAAUGGUUAAUGGAGUUAGCCAAAUCAAAGUUUACACAAAUAAACCAGCAUGGAUUGUUGUGUGAGGAGUAUGGAGUUAAAAUCAGAAUAUUAGGAAAUACUAAACUUUUACCAAGAGAUGUAUUGGAAAUUCUCGAAAAGACAGAGGAAAUAACGAAAAACAAUACUCGUGCCGUGUUGAAUGUUUGCUUCCCAUAUACAUCAAGAGACGAAAUAACCCAUCUGAUCAAGUCAGUGGUUGAUGAAGCGACCAAAGGUGGUAUUGACAUAACAGAAGAGGCUAUUGACAGGCACCUUUAUACGAAAGAUGUACCACCCUUGGAUUUAUUAGUAAGAACAUCAGGGACAUUUAGGCUUUCUGACUUUCUUUUAUGGCAAACAGUGUCGCCAGAAUGUGCCGUUGUGUUUGUCGAUAAAUUAUGGCCGGCAUUCAAGCCAUGGGAUAUGCUCAAAAUAUUGCUUAACUGGGGGUUUAACAAAUACAUGUAUGGUAAUCCAAAUGGGUAUGGGGUUAGUAGUAAUUUGGUAGUGAAAACCCCGGUAGACGGAGAAUUAAUAAAUACCCCAAAAUCCACCACAGGACUCGACAGGUACCUGGAGGAUGAGGAGACAGAAGUUAGUAGUAACAAUUUGGGGACAGAAGAGGAUACAGUGACAUCAGAGGAAGAAGACAGCGAAGGUAUAGUCAAAAAGCAAUAG